GUUAAAUCAGGUUAAAGCAGCGCUCUCUGUUAUCGGCGCGAGCAGCAGCUUCCUGUUACAUGUGAGCAGUGUGGUGAGGAGACACCACCAUGGAUAUCCGACCAAACCACACGAUUUACAUCAACAAUAUAAAUGAUAAAGUCAAGAAAGAAGAGAUGCAGCGGUCGCUCUACGCGCUCUUCUCUCAGUUCGGUCAGAUCGUUGAUAUCGUGGCGAUGAAGACCGCGAAGAUGAGGGGUCAGGCCUUCGUCGUCUUCAAAGAGCUCGCCGCCGCCACCAACGCACUGAGGCAACUUCAGGGCUUCCCCUUCUACAACAAACCCAUGAGGAUACAGUACGCAAAGACAGACUCAGAGGUCAUCGCCAAGGCGAGAGGCACGUUUGGCGACAAGGAUAAAAAGAAGGACAAGAAGAAGAAGCCUCAGGAGCCACCAACCAGCAUGCUAAAGAAACCGGCAGGAUCAACAUCUCCUCCACACUCCGGUUCAGCACAGGUGGCGGAUAAUCCUCCAAACUACAUCCUGUUCCUCAACAACCUGCCUGAAGAGACCAACGAGAUGAUGCUCUCCAUGCUGUUCAACCAGUUUCCCGGUUUCAAAGAGGUGCGACUCGUCCCGGGGAAACACGACAUCUCCUUCGUGGAGUUUGAGAGUGAAACUGCCAAGAUGACGGAGGUUGUCAGCAUUGAUAAAUGGAACAUGGAGGGCUGCUUGUCAUAA